AUGGCAGGACCAGAACUUGACGAUCCUACUUCUACGGUCGACGAUAAAGAUGUGCUUGCUAUCAAAGAUGCUUUUAUUGUGGAUGGAGAGGCAGAGCUUGAAGAGGGCCUUGCUCCUGCAGUUUGUGACGUAAUGGCGGAUGGAGAACUUGACGAUCCUACUUCUACGGUCGACGAUAAAGAUGUGCUUGCUACCGACCAUGUCUGCAUUGUAUAUGAAGUUGCAGAACUUAAAGAAGGGCUUGUUACCGUAGUUUGUGACGUAAUGGCAGGAGCGGAACUUGACGAUCCUACUUCUACGGUCGCCGAUAAAGAAGUUCUUGCUACCGACGAUGUCUGCAUUGUAUAUGAAGUUGCAGAACUUGAAGAGGGCCUUGCCGCCGCAGUUUGUGACGUAAUGGCAGGAGCAGAACUAGACGAUUCUACUUUUACGGUCGACGAUAAAGAUGUGCUUGCUACCGACGAUGGCUGCAUUGUGUAUGAAGUGGCAGAACUUGAAGAGGGCCUUGCUACCGCAGUUUGUGACGUAAUGGCAGGACCAGAACUUGACGAUCCUACUUCUACGGUCGACGAUAAAGAUGUGCUUGCUACCGAAGAUGCUUUUAUUGUGGAUGGAGUGGCAGAGCUUGAAGAGGGCCUUGCUCCUGCAGUUUGUGACGUAAUGGCGGAUGGAGAACUUGACGAUCCUACUUCUACGGUCGACGAUAAAGAUGUGCGUGCUACCGACGAUGUCUGCAUUGUAUAUGAAGUUGCAGAACUUGAAGAGGGCCUUGCUACCGCAGUUUGUGACGUAAUGGCAGGAGCGGAACUUGACGAUCCUACUUCUACGGUCGACGAUAAAGAUGUGCUUGCUACCGACGAUGCUUUUAUUGUGGAUGGAGUGGCAGAACUUGAAGAGGGCCUUAGCGCCGCAGUUUGUGACGUAAUGCCAGGAGCAGAACUAGACGAUCCUACUACUACGGUCGACGAUAAAGAUGUGCUUGCUACCGACGAUGUCUCUAUUGUUGAGGCAGUUGCAGAACGUGAAGAGGGCCUUGCUCCCGCAGUUUGUGAGGUAAAUUCAGGAACAAAACUUGACGAUUCUACUUCUACGGUCGACGAUAAAGAUGUGCUUGCUACCGACGAUGUCUGUAUUGUUGAGGCAGUUGAAGAACUUGAAGAGAGCCUUGCUCCUGCAGUUUCUGAGGUAAUGGCAGCAGCAGAACUUGACGAUUCUACCCUUACGGUCGACGAUAGCGAUGUGCUUGCUACCGACGAUGGCUGCAUUGUGUAUGAAGUCGCAGAACUUGAAGAGGGUCUUGCUACCGCAGUUUGUGACGUAACAGCAGAAGCAGAACUUGACGAUUCUACUACUACAGUCGACGAUAAAGAUGUGCUUGGUACCGACGAUGUCUGUAUUCUGGAGGCAGUCCCAGAACUUAAAGAGGGCCUUGCUACCGCAGUUUGUGACCUAAUGGCAGGAGCAGAACUUGACGAUCCCACUUCUACGGCGGACGAUAAAGAUGUGCUUGCUACUGACCAUGUCUGCAUUGUAUAUGAAGUUGCAGAACUUGAAGAGGGCCUUGCUACUGCAGUUUGUGACGUAAUGGCAGUAGCAGAACUAGACGAUUCUACUUUUACUGUCGACGAUAAAGAUGUGCUUGCCACUGACGAUGGCUCUAUUGUGUAUGAAGUCGCAGAACUUGAAGAGGGCCUUGCUCCCGCAGUUUGUGACGUAACAGCAGGAGCAGAACUUGACGAUUUUACUACUACAGUCGACGAUAAAGAUGUGCUUGCUACCGACGAUGUCUCUAUUGUUGAGGCAGUUGCAGAACUUAAAGAGGGCCUUGCUACCGCAGUGUUUGACGUAAUGGCAGAAGCGGAACUUGACGAUCCUACUUCUAAGGUCGACGAUAAAGAUGUGCUUGCUACCGACGAUAUCUGCAAUGUAUAUGAAGUUGCAGAACUUGAAGAGGGCCUUGCCACCGCAGUUUGUGACGUAAUGGCACUAGCAGAACUAGACGAUUCUACUUUUACUGUCGACGAUAAAGAUGUGCUUGCUACUGACGAUGACUCUAUUGUUGAGGCAAUUGCAGAUCUUGAAGAGGGUCUUGCUCCCGCAGUUUGUGAGGUAAAUGCAAAAGCAGAACUUAACGAUUCUACUUCUACGGUGGACGAUAAAGAUGUGCUUGCCACCGACGAUGUCUGCAUUAUAUAUGAAGUUGCAGAACUUGAAGAGGGCCUUGCCACCGCAGUUUGUGACGUAAUGGCAGAAGCAGAACUAGACGAUUCUACUUUUACUGUCGACGAUAAAGAUGUGCUUGCUACUGACGAUGACUCUAUUGUUGAGGCAAUUGCAGAUCUUGAAGAGGGCCUUGCUCCCGCAGUUUGUGACGUAAUUGCAGUAGCAGAACUAGACGAUUCUACAUUUACUGUCGACGAUAAAGAUGUGCUUGCUACUGACGAUGUCUCUAUUGUUGAGGCAAUUGCAGAACUUGAAGAGGGCCUUGCUCCCGCAGUUUGUGACGUAAUGGCAGCAGCAGAACUAGACGAUUCUACUUUUACUGUCGACAAUAAAGAUGUGCUAGCUACCGAAGAUGUCUGUAUUGUUGAGGCAGUUGCAGAACUUGAAGAGGGCCUUGCUCCUGCAGUUUCUGAGGUAAUGGCAGCAGCAGAACUUGACAAAUCUUCCCGUACGAUCGACGAUAGAGAUGUGCUUGCUACCGACGAUGGCUGCAUUGUGUAUGAAGUCGCAGAACUUGAAGAGGGCCUUGCUCCCGCAGUUUGUGACGUAACAGCAGGAGCAGAACUUGACGAUUUUACUACUACAGUCGACGAUAAAGAUGUGCUUGCUACCGACGAUGUCUCUAUUGUUGAGGCAGUUGCAGAACUUAAAGAGGGCCUUGCUCCCGCAGUUUGUGACGUAAUGGCAGCAGCAGAACUAGACGAUUCUACUUUUACUGUCGACGAUAAAGAUGUGCUAGCUACCGACGAUGUCUGUAUUGUUGAGGUAGUUGCAGAACUUGAAGAGGGCCCUGCUCCUGCAGUUUCUGAGGUAAUGGCAGCAGCAGAACUUGACGAAUCUACCCGUACGGUCGACGACAGCGAUGUGCUUGCUACCGACGAUGGCUGCAUUGUGUAUGAAGUCGCAGAACUUGAAGAGGGCCUUGCUACCGCAGUUUGUGACGUAAUAGGAGGAGCAGAACUUGACGAUUCUACUACUACAGACGACGAUAAAGAUGUGCUUGCUACCGACGAUGUCUCUAUUGUUGAGGCAGUUGCAGAACUUGAAGAGGGCCUUGCUCCCGCAGUUUGUGAGGUAAAUGGAGGAGCAGAACUUAACGAUUCUACUUCUACGGUGGACGAUAAAGAUGUGCUAGCUACCGACGAUGUCUGUAUUGUUGAGGCAGUUGCUGAACUUGAAGAGGGCCUUGCUCCCGCAGUUUGUGACGUAACAGCAGGAGCAGAACUUGACGAUUUUACUACUACAGUCGACGAUAAAGAUGUGCUUGGUACCGACGAUGUCUCUAUUGUUGAGGCAGUUGCAGAACUUAAAGAGGGCCUUGCUCCCGCAGUUUGUGACGUAAUGGCAGCAGCAGAACUAGACGAUUCUACUUUUACUGUCGACGAUAAAGAUGUGCUAGCUACCGACGAUGUCUGUAUUGUUGAGGCAGUUGCAGAACUUGAAGAGGGCCCUGCUCCUGCAGUUUCUGAGGUAAUGGCAGCAGCAGAACUUGACGAAUCUACCCUUACGGUCGACGACAGCGAUGUGCUUGCUACCGACGAUGGCUGCAUUGUGUAUGAAGUCGCAGAACUUGAAGAGGGCCUUGCUACCGCAGUUUGUGACGUAAUAGGAGGAGCAGAACUUGACGAUUCUACUACUACAGACGACGAUAAAGAUGUGCUUGCUACCGACGAUGUCUCUAUUGUUGAGGCAGUUGCAGAACUUGAAGAGGGCCUUGCUCCCGCAGUUUGUGAGGUAAAUGGAGGAGCAGAACUUAACGAUUCUACUUCUACGGUGGACGAUAAAGAUGUGCUAGCUACCGACGAUGUCUGUAUUGUUGAGGCAGUUGCUGAACUUGAAGAGGGCCUUGCUCCCGCAGUUUGUGAGGUAAAUGCAAAAGCAGAACUUAACGAUUCUACUUCUACGGUGGACGAUAAAGAUGUGCUUGCCACCGACGAUGUCUGUAUUGUAUAUGAAGUUGCAGAAAUUGAAGAGGGCCUUGCUACGGCAGUUUGUGACGUAAUGGCAGCAGCUGAACUAGACGAUUCUACUUUUACUGUCGACGAUAAAGAUGUGCUAGCUACCGAAGAUGUCUGUAUUGUUGAGGCAGUUGCAGAACUUGAAGAGGGCCUUGCUCCUGCAGUUUCUGAGGUAAUGGCAGCAGCAGAACUUGACGAAUCUACCCGUACGAUCGACGAUAGAGAUGUGCUUGCUACCGACGAUGGCUGCAUUGUGUAUGAAGUCGCAGAACUUGAAGAGGGCCUUGCAGUUUGUGACGUAAUGGCAGGAGCAGAACUUGACGAUCCUACUUCUACGGUCGACGAUAACGAUGUGGUUGCUACCGACGAUGUCUGCAUUGUAUAUGAAGUUGCAGAACUUGAAGAGGGCCCUUCCGCCGCAGUUUUUGACGUAAUGGCAGGUGCAGAACUUGACGAUCCUACUACUACGGUCGACGAUAAAGAUGUGCUUGCUAACGACGAUGUCUGUAUUCUGGGGGGAUUUGCAGAACUUGAAGAGGGCCUUGCUACUGCAGUUUGUGACGUAAUAGCAGGAGCGGAACUUGACGAUCGUACUUCUACGGUCGACGAUAAAGAUGUGCUUGCUACCGACGAUGUCUUUAUUCUGGAGGCAGUCCCAGAACUUGAAGAGGGCCUUGCUACCGCAGUUUGUGACUUAAUGGGAGGAGCAGAACUUGACGACUCUACUACUACGGUCGACGAUAAAGUUGUGUUUGGUACCAACGAUGUCUGUAUUGUUGAGGCAGUUGCAGAAGGUAAAGAGGGCAUUGCUCCCACAGUUUGUGACGUAAUGGCGUGAGCAGAACUUGACGAUUCUAUCCGUACGGUGGACGAUAAAGAUGUGCUUGCUACAGACGAUGUCUGUAUACUUGAGUCAGUCGCAGAAUUUGAAGAGGGCCUUCCUCCCGCAGUGUAUGACGUAAUGGCAGGAGCAGAACUUGGCGAUCCUACUGCUACUGUCGACGAUAAAGAUGUGGUUGCUACCGACGAUGUCUGUAUACUUGAGGCAGUUGCAGAACUUGAAGAGGGCCUUGCUCCGACAGAUUGUGACUUAAUGGCAGGAGCAGAACUUGACAAUCCUACUGCUACAAUCGACGAUAAAGAUGUGGUUGCUACCGACGAUGUCUGCACACUUAAGGCAGGCGCAGAACUUGAAGUGGGCCUUGCUCCCUCAGUUUGUGACGUAAUGGGAGGAGCAGAACUUGACGAUCCUAUUUCAACGGUCGACGAUAACGAUGUGGUUGCUACCGACGAUGUCUGUAUACUUGAGGCAGUCGCAGAACUUAAAGAGGGCCUUUCUACCGCAGUUUGUGACGUAAUAGCAGGAGCAGAACUUGACGAUUCUACUACUACGGUCGACGUUAAAGAUGUGCUUGCUUCCGACGAUGUCUGUAUCGUUGAGGCAGCUGCAGAACUUGUAGAGGGCCUUGCUCCCGCAGUUUUUGACGUAAUGUGA